AUGGAAAGGCCAUUAUGGGUACGUUGGUUGAAAGUUUAUGCAAUCGGUGGUGCCAUUAUUGGAAGUGGGUUUCUACUUUUCAAGUAUACAACACCAACAGAUGAACAAUUAAUCAGCCAGCUUUCCCCUGAGCUACGUUUACAAUAUGAGCGGGAGAAAAAGCUCCGCCUGUCAGAGCAGCAGGCAUUGAUGAAGAUUGUCAAGGAAACCUCUCAAAGUGACGAUCCUAUUUGGAAGACAGGACCCCUUCAGUCGCCAUGGGAAAGAAAUGGUAAUAACGUUCAAAGCAGAGACCAUUUUGCCAAAGUACGGGCGGAGGAGGUUCAGAAAGAAGAAUUAGCCAGAAUUAGGAAUGAACUGUCGCAAUUAAAAUCUGAAACCGAGGAGAAGACAAAGGAAAUAGUGCAGGAUAAGAAAGGUAAAAGUUGGUGGAGAAUCUGGUAA